UGACCCACCUUGAUCACUUCCACAUCAAACGCCGGGAAAAAUGUCAAAAAAAUACGUGUUGAAAAAUGAUAACAUCAAAUUUUUGAAUUUUUGGUUGUAAAGUAUAUUGUAAAGAAAUCUGAAAAUAAUUUGUUUUUUGUAAUGAUGUUUCAUUUAACGUUAUUAACGUCUGCUAUAAAAAUGAUAUAAAUGACCGAAAUUAUGUUAGUACACACACGCAGCUCAGAUUACGAUUGUUGAUUCAAUAUCAAGCAUUAUUUCUUCAGCGCCUACAUCAUGGAAUUAUUAUAUCAUAAAACCAAUCAAGUAGUAUUGGAGAUACGAGACUGUUUUCAAAAGUUGGGUCAACUGAAACAUUCGAAUAUUGAUACCUCAACUCUCGAAGAUGAAAUCAAAGAAAAAAUAAAUCUUGUCGAAAAGAAUUGCGAUCGUUUGGAUAUUCUUGUGCAGAAAGAACCCGUAUUAAAAAGGCAGAGUUCGAAAUUGAAAGUGGAUCAACUGAAAUAUGACAAUACGCAUUUUCAGAGUGCAUUAGCUAAACAUAAAGCUGAGAAAAAUCGCAAGUUGAUGGAACAGAGAGAAAGAGAGGAGUUACUUAGUCGGCGAUUCACUGAAAAUAAAGCUUCUGGCGAUACAGCAAUUUAUAUCGAUUAUUCCGUUCAGCAUCAGAAUUCGUUAAUGUCAGCAAAUCGAGGUGUUGAUGACCUGAUCAGUUCGGGAUCGAGUAUUUUGGAUAAUUUGAAGUCGCAGAAGAAUAAACUGAAAGGCGCGCAUCGUAGAGUUCUGGAUCUUGGUAAUACUUUAGGAUUAUCCAAUACUACAAUUAGGUUAAUAGAAAGGAGAGCCAGAGAAGAUAAAUAUGUAUUGAUCGGCGGUAUUAUAUUAACCUUAAUUGUCAUGAUAUUAGUGAUUAUGUAUUUAAUCUAAUUUUUCUCGAUCGAUCACUCGCGAUAUUCCGAAUAAUUCCAAAAACAUGUAUUUCACGAUACAGAAAUAUUUCAUGAAAUGAAUGACGUCAUCUUCAAUUUAUUUCGAAAUGAGUCAGUCAGUCCGCGUUGUUUGUUGAACAUGUGCGUGUUCUCGCUAGGGUAAUCGAAAAGUUCAAAAUCUGGUGUUGAUGUUGCACGAUGCUGAGAAAAAGUGAAUCAUAUCGCCAGUUCUCAGAUAUCAGCUAGUGUUCGUUCUCUGGGCUAAAUUGUUCACGAAUACAAAUAAUUAUCGGCAUGGGAAAAUGUUGAAAUUCACUUUUUUAAUUUCGCUUUUCACGUAUUCAGAAAUGAAGAAGAAAAAUAUUGAACUCUGAAUAUUCGUUUUGGUUAUUAAAGUUUCCUCGCCUAUCAAUAUCACGUUUUUAAACGUAAAUCUUACGUUUCUGAUAGGUACGUCGUAAUAUUUUCGUGCAAAAUUUUUUUCCUCUAUGGUUUCUUUUUUAACUUAAUUAGUAACCGGUAUUUUGUAAGUUGAAUGCUCGAAUGAAAUUGGGCGGAGAAACUUCAUUUUGAUGAGAUCCGUAUUUCGAGACAUUCCAGUUACGUUACUGAAACCGACAACUAGAUGUCAUUUGCUGACUCUGGCGGUUGAGACGAGAGUCUGAUUUCCUUUUGUUUUGCGGUUCACGAAUCACCAUUAAAUUACUCGCUCAAAUUUGAGAUUUUUUUUUCACAUGCGCGUAUACUUCAGUACUAAUUUAUUUGAGGACGAGUAAGCUCGAAAGGUAUUUUAGUCUGAGCUUUGGAAGGCGAAUUGUGUAUGAUGAGUAUAGUUAUCCUUUCCGGUCUCUAGGUGAAUUCAAUGUCCAUAUAUCCUAUCACAUUUAAACCCCUUGGAAGAGGGCAAAAGAGUUUCAAAAUUCAGUUUAUUUACUCGUAUUACUCGUAUUUUGUAAAAAUAGGGUUUCUCAUAUUUGCUAUGCGAUUUUUUUCUUCAAUUUUUGUAUUUCGGAUUAUUUUUACAGGUAUUUAUGAGUAAUUCUUUACAGUUUUUAAGAAAUGUCUCUUUUGUAUAUUCAUUUGUUGAAAAUGGUUAAAAGCUUGCGUUAGUUAUUAUCGUAUUAACUAUGUAUUAUCUGAUUUUUCUAUUUUCAUGUCUUAUAUUGUACUGUUGUAGCUACCUAGACGUUAAAAUUUAUCCCUUAUGCAACUUCAAGAUUUUUCUGUAUUCCUUCAUCUUGAUGGCAAUUGUGAUCCUUUUUUUGUUGUUGUUUGAAUUUUUAGCUAUGAUGUUCGUAUGUAUCUACCUAAUAGCAUUUUUACGAAUGAAAUUCAAUUAUUCAUUGUUGAUCGUUAUUUUUAUAGUUGUUCUUUUGAGGAAAUAGAAUAUUUUCUAUAACA